AUGGCCGCGUCGCGAUCGUUACCGGCGCCGGGGCCGGCAUGGGUCGAGCACGCCCUACUCUUGGGCAAGCGGGGUGCAACAGUCGUCGUGAACGACCUAAUUGCUGCAACGGCCGAGGCGGUGGCGAAAGCCAUCGUCGAUGCCGGCGGAAAUGCAAUCGCCGUCCCGGGCUCGGUUGCAGAGCGUUCUGUAACGGACGCCAUCGUCCAAACAACGAUCGACAAAUUCAACAGAAUCGACAUUUUGGUUAACAACGCGGGUAUUGACAUAGCAGGCGAGUUCCCGGACGUUUCCCCCGAGCAAUUCUCGCAAAUGCUGGGCGUCCACGUACACGGGUCGUGGAAUUUAGCGCAGGCCGUCUGGCCGCACAUGGUGAAGCAGAAAUACGGGCGCAUUCUCAUCGUGUCCUCCGCCGCGCUUUACGGAAUGCCUCAAAACUCCGCCUACACCGUGGCGAAAGGUGCUUUAUUCGGCCUCUCGAAAGCGCUCUCGUUUGACGGCGAACCCCACGGAAUCCUCGUUAAUGCUCUAGGACCCAUCGCCAACACAGGCAUGACAACGGAGAUUGUUACCGAGGGACCAAUAUUUGACCUGAUAGAGCAGAAUUACCCCGCCUCGGCCGUCUCCCCGUGGUGGCGUGGCUAG